CGAAAAGCUUUAAUUAUGUCUCCGAUCUCAACAUUAACGUACGCGCUCAUGAAACACCCAAAUUAAUAGUUCUUGAAAAUUAAUCUGCACUGCUAGCUAGCUAGCUAGAGGAUGAAUGAAUGGAUGGAGCUGUACGUGUCAUGAUCAUCUGUGUAUUCUCUAUUAAUUCUUUCAUAUUUUGGUGGCUCAAGGGCGCAUCAUCGGAAGGUGGAGUACGAAGAGAGCCAUUAAUUAGAGAGCAACCCAGAGGUUUAAUUCCAACUUCAACAGUGCAUCUCAAUUUCCAGAUCCACAACGUAUAUGAGGAGAAUCUCAUCAAGAAUGGUAAUUUCUAGAUGAUCACAACUGCUGGAAGUACCGAAGCUUUAAUUAAUUGCGGACGAUGAUGCGAGCAAGCUCAAGGUGCCAAGACUGUGGAAACAAGGCGAAGAAAGAUUGUGUAUACUUGAGGUGCCGAAGUUGCUGCAAAAGCCGAGGGUUUCGCUGCCAAACCCACGUCAAGAGCACUUGGAUCCCUGUCUCCAAACGCAUGAAUAAUUCUGUGAUUCAUCAACAGCGCCACACUGUUCAGCAACAGCAGCUUCAAAGACCAGUACUCGACCCUAGUAAACGACACAGCACAGAGAUUCUCUCAUCAGGACCGGAAGAAAGGAAUUUGCCAGCUGAAUUGCAGAUUUUAGCAACAUUCCGAUGCGUUCAAGUGAGAUCACAAGAUAAUGCAGUUGAUCAGUAUGCAUAUCAGACUGCGGUUAACAUUGGAGGCCACAUCUUCAAGGGAACUCUCUAUGAUCAAGGCCCCGAAAAUCACUGCGAAGCCGGCGGGGAGAGUUCAGCAGCAGCAGCAGCCUUAUUGCAUCCGCCGAAUCUCAUCUCUACCAGUUUGAAUAUCACUACUUCUGCAACUACAGCUUGUACAGCUUUGCCUUCUGACUCUUACCCAAAUGUCUUUAAUGCAUUGUUCAUGCCUGGUACGCAAUACUUUCCAUUCCCAAAAUCUUGAACAGCAUUUGGAAUUUUGUACUAGCUCUCUCUCUGAACAUGUUGGCUAGGUUACAUAUCUCUAGCUAGCUACUUGUUUGUUAAUAAAGAAGAGAAAAUGGGGGGAGAGAGAGAGAGCAGUAUAUAUUUUUGUUCCCAAUUCCAAUGAAGAAUUAUUUGAGGCUGUCGGCGAUUAUAUAUAAAAUGUGUUGGGCGCGUUUGAAUAUAGGUCUGCAGUUUGUCUUGUUCUUGAAUUUUGUAUUGUUCUUCCCUUCCUUCUUGAAUUCAACCU